AUGCUACCGCCUCUCCAAGACGAUUGCGAUGAGUGCGUCCCCGAAUAUGCGCGCCACAAGAGCCCCAUGGCCACCAUCGCAUCAUCGCUCCCUUUCCUGCUCACCUUUCUCUUUGUCGCCGUCGCAGUAUCGCAAAAGCUGUUUCCCAUACUUUCCGGUCACGAUCGGAAGGCGCAUGAUGGUGCGCAUCUCCCGGGUGUCGCGGCGCGCGCGAGGUCAUCCCUCAUCAAGAACCUACGGCCAAGCGCAAGAUCACUAGCAAGCAUCAUCUUCUCCACGAACAUCGCGCUGUCUGCAGUGCUCGCCGAGCUCAUCCUCUGCGAAAUUGCCAACACCGUAAACCCCGCCACGCGCACACUAGCCUUGAAACUGACGCUCCCAUCGCUACUAUUCCUCCUCAUCGUAGUAACGCCUGCUUUCGAGAUACACUCGGUUGUAUCGAAGACCGGUCUGAAUGCGAAUGGAGGCCAGAGGGGCCAGCGGCGGCUAGCUUGGGUGCUGGAGUUUUGUGGACUUGCAACAUGGCUAGGAGCGUUCUGGUAUCUCGGGAGAGGACUCCUGGGCUCGUAUCUGCAAGAGGAGUCAUAUCUGCAUGAACAUACGUUCAGUGAAGGCUGUCUUGAAAGAAUCGGCAUCAUUGGCAUCAGCUUGAUGGCAUCUCUCGCAGGCUUUGCAGCUAUUUCCUCGCUUUGGCAGACUUUCGGUGUCAAGUACCGUCCAGUGACGGAGUCGGACAUUGCUCGCAAACAGGCCGGAAUUCAGGCUACGAAUGACAUGCUUCUCACCAAGGAAAGUCGACUUCGAGCUGUGGAGCGCAAGCUCUGCGACAAUCCCCAGGCAGGCUUUAUGAGCCGUGUUGUAGGCUCCAUCCGUGGGAACCCCGAUACACAAGAGCGCAACACAUUACAGCUCGAGAUCCAAGGUCUCGAGACGAUGCGACAGACGCUACAGAACUCCAUGUCCGUGUUGCAAAACCGGCGACAGAGCCAGCUCCGCUCGCACACAGCCUUUGGGCGCAUCGUGAACAUGUUCUCGUUUGUCUUUGCGAUAUACUGCGCAUACCGCAUCUCAGCUACUACAGUCACCACUCUCCGUCGCUUUUCUUCGCCCAACACGAGCUUUUCCAACAGCGACCCUAUCAACAACUUCCUUGCACUACUUGCAAAACAUUGGGAUCCCACAAUCGACAGAGUAGCAUGGAGCCGCACAAUUUCUUUCUUGCUCUCCGGGGUCAUGCUGCUUUUGUCGUUCAACAGCGUCCUGCAAACCUUCUUCUUGUUUGCGCGCGUUGUGCCUGGCGUGUUGCAACACACCAAGACCAACUUCGCUCUCAUUAUCUCACAAAUUGCGGCAACGUAUGUCAUCAGCUCUGCGCUGCUGCUCAGGAGUAACCUUCCGCCUGAGAUGAAGAGCAAGAUUGGUGAUGCAUUGGGCGCGCCGUUAGAACCAGCAUUUACGGAACGUUGGUUCGAAGGGUGGUUCCUUGUUGCUAGUGCGGCGACCGCUGCAGGUCUGUGGAUAGGGAGGAGGUUGAAAGGCAGUGAGUGGGACGACGAUGGUGAAGGGGCCGACGGAGACGUGGAGAUGGGAAAGAGGAGUUGA